GUAUGGCUGUGUUGGUUAUACAUGUGCCAAACUUUCUUACUGAACUCAACGAGUUUGGAUAACAAGUUUUGUGUGAAAGCGGUGAUUGUGCAAUAACUCGGGUUCCUGAAAAUGGCCCGUUUUAUUUGUACACUGGACUUACAGGUGAUUUACGGCCGGACACUUAGUGCCGCUUUUGUCGCGUUGAUUGUGUUAAUACAACUGUGUGCGACUCAGGUGUUGUUACGACCCGAGGAUAUUUUACGUGCAAAACGUCCAAUUGAAGUGCCGUUAGGAAGAACUAUAUACGUUACACCCGAAGAUUUACAAAUAAAUGUACGGGGUGAAGAUCGAUGUACAGUUACUGUUUUAGACAAUGAUCCCUUGUCACAGAGACCAGGCAAACUUAUGCCGAUAAUUUUCCCAUGUAAUUUCGGUGCCCGAGAUGUACAAUACGCUCAUUUUGGAUCUCGUAAUCCAUCGGAGGACAGGAUUCGUUUACAAAUUCGUUAUGAUUCUCCCACCCAAACUUUACUUAUUCCAUUUACACUAUCUAUGGAAGUAUCUUUUGUACAGUUAGAAAUAGUCACACGUAAUUUACCUAUCAAAGUAAAUGAAUUACGGGGUGUCAGUCAGCCUAUCGACUCAAGUGUAUUGGAGUUUAAUUAUGACCGCGAGGUUGAAUUUUGUAAAGUGACAAUUUUAUCGAGAGCUAGUGGGUUACCCCGUUAUGGCAGAAUUAUGAAUAAUACCGAUAUGUUAAAUAUGGUUGAUUGUGACGAAUUUUUAACCAUGGGUAUACGAUACCACCACAUUUGGGAUAAGACGUCUCCCGACCGCGAUUAUAUUCCAAUGGUCGUUGAAGUGUUUGAUAGCGAUGGCAGCAUAACUAAACAGGAAUAUUUUCAAAUCAUGGCCCGAAUAUCAGGGGGAGAAAUAAACACUCGACCCCAGCCUAAAGUAGAGGCUUUAUUAGUUAUGGAGGUUGACCAAUUCGUCAUGACCGCUAUUACAGAUAAAAUUCUAUCAGCAACAGACGAAGAAACUAAUUCCGAUUAUUUGAUUUUCAAUAUUACUAAGCCAUUGGGACCGAAUCAAGGGCAUAUUGUCAGCACGGAUGAUCGUUACCAACCUGUUAAAUCCUUUUAUCAACGAGACGUGAGAGAUCUCAGGAUUGCCUUUAAACCCCCUGCUCAAGAUUCGAAUAGUCAACGCAUAUUUGAAGUGGGUAUUGAAGUGGUCGAUUCAGAAGGACUCGCCUCUGAUCCCUUUUUGUUGAUGAUAGUUGUAAAACCUAUGAAUACAAUGGCCCCUGUUGUCACGACCAACAGAGGUUUACAACUGUUUGAAGGACAGUCUCGUUAUUUAAAGAGUGACUUAAACUUACGCAUAUCCGAUGAAAACGAUCUGCAGAAUGUAAGAAUUUUUGUAGACGAUGGAUUAAGGCAUGGUCAGCUCAUAAUCCCAGGAGGUAGAAAAUUUUUCACUCCAAAAGAUUUAGAUGAAGGGACAGUGAUCUACCAACAUGAUGACACAGAUACCUACAGCGAUAACAUUAUAUUCAAAAUGACCGAUGGUCGAAAUGUAGUCGAGUACCUUUUCCCGAUUUCUGUCUAUCCAGUAGAUGACGAACCCCCAAUUUUAAAUGUGAACACUGGAUUAGAAAUUCGUAAAAAUGAACUGGCUGAAAUAUCCCCUUUUGUUUUAAGUGCAACUGACAUUGACAGUGAUGACAGUCAAAUUUCCUUUGAUUUACAACCACCUUACUCCACUGAAGGCAUAAUCUUAAAGAGACAAUUUGAAGUUCCUCGAGAUUCCCAAGAGUGGCAGGUAACAAACGGUGUGUAUGAAAAAAUUGUGCAGUCCUUUACUCAACAGGAUAUCAUGGAUGGUAAAAUAUUUUAUCAGCAUGUUGGUCCUCAUAGAUCAGAUUUUGUUAUGGACAGAAUACGUUUUAAAUUAUUUGAUGGAGGCGAACCACCAAAUAGCUCGGAUAUGGAAGAAUUUAUUGUCAAAGUUGCUCCCAUAGAUGACCAACAGCCAUAUAUUUACCCUGAUACCUCUCUUCAAAUGGAUGUUAAUGAGUUCCAAUUGACAGAACUGAAAAGAAAAUUUUUGAGGUUUACUGAUGAUGACACUGAUGAUAGACAAUUAAAAUACACCAUCACAACUCAACCAUUUGAUACUGAUCCUAAUACACCAUUAGAACCAGGUACAAUCGUGAUGUGUGAAGAUACCCAAAGAAGAGUUAGAACUUUCACUCAAGCCCAGGUCAAUCAUCAUAAGAUAUGCUAUAAGCCACCAAGCUCAGAACUAGGUUUUGUCCCAAGAAUUAUCCAGAUGGCUUUUGAUGUAGAAGACAUCAAUGGAAAUGCUAUUGGGGGACAGAAAUUCACAUUCUUGAUCAAACCUGUUAAUAAUCAGCCACCCAAAGUCAUCAAUGGAGGCCUAAAUGUGAUAGAAGGGCAGUUUACUAUUUUGACCCGAGAGAUGUUGGAUGCAGAAGAUCCGGACACUGAUGGUUCUAACAUACACUUUGUUAUGGAUCAGCUGCCAACUCAUGGAGCACUACAACUAGACGAAGAUAUUUUAGAUAUUGGAGACAGCUUCACUAGACAGCAUAUCCAGAGCGGAAGAGUUGCCUACUUCAAUGUUAGAGAUGAUAAUGGUGAUGACACCUUUAUUAUUGAUGUCACUGAUGGUGUUCAUCAUGUUCCUGUCACCUUUGAUGUCAAAAUCGAUUUUAUUGAUGAUGAGGCACCUACUUUAAUUGGUAUUGAUUCUGGAACUUUAGGAAUAUCAUUAGAGGUUAAAGAAAAUAAUGUUGUCAGAAUUACACAAGACAAAUUGAAGGCAUCCGAUCCAGACACUGAUGAUCAACAACUGACCUUUGUACUUUCUAAAUCUCCAUACGAAGGUGCAGUCUUACUUAAUGGAAGACAGACGGAAGAAUUUAGUCAGAAAGAUGUUGCUGAUGGAAGAGUUGAAUAUAGACACACGGGAGGAGAAGUUGGACCUGUGGGUAGAAAUGACACUUUCCAGCUAAUGUUGACUGACAGAUCAGCUGAUUUCAUUGUUGGUGGAAAUCAAAUAACAGAAAUAUCAGUCCAUGUUAAAAUCUUGCCAGAUGAUAGCAUAGCUCCAAUUGUAAGCGUUGGUGCUCCAUUUGAAGUUCUAGAAAAUGAUAAGGCACCAAUUUUACCUAUUCAUUUAGAUGCAACUGAUAUUGAUACCGAAGAUGAAAAUAUAGUGUGUACUAUCAUUACUCAACCCAUACAUGGAUAUGUGGAGAAUGCCUCACCAGGACCUGGUUCGGAGAAACCAAGAACUGGUUUACCUGUUUCAGCUUUCAGCAUAAAAAAUGUAAGGCUUGGUCAGGUAAACUAUGUUCAAAGUGUCCACAGUGGUGUUGAACCUAGACGUGACUCUUUUACUUUCUAUUGCUCUGAUGGUAUAAACAGUUCCCCAAAUCAGCAGUUUACUGUAAACAUUUAUCCUGAAAACGAUGAAGCUCCUGAAGUAUUCCUCCGAGAAUUCAUGGUGUUGGAAGGGAUGAACCUAAUGGUAGAUCUUCCAAUAUUAAAUGUUGUGGAUAAAGAUGAUCCAGCUGAUGAACUAGUUUUUACCAUAACCAAAUUUCCAGAGCAUGGACAAAUUAUGCAGCAGAGAAUCCAGGGGUCUUUCCCAAUUGAAUCAUUUACAUUUGAAGAUAUAGCUGGUGCCUCUACUAUAGAAUAUGUCCAUGAUGAUACAGAAACUUUAUCAGAUUCUUUUGAAUUUUUUCUAACUGAUGGUAAAUUCAACAUCACAAAAGAAGUUCCUAUUAUUGUUAUUCCACUUGAUGAUGAGACACCCAGGCUUACCAUUAACAAUGGACUGGAAGUUGAAGUUGUGGGAGAAACAGUUACAAUCACUAAUGAUGAGCUCAAGGCUGAAGAUUUGGACUCAAAUGAUCCAGACUUAACUUUCAUUGUACGACAAAUGCCCAAAUAUGGAUACAUUCAGAAACUUUUAGGCAAUUUUAUUUAUAAUAUCAGUUUAAGUGCCAACUUUACCCAGAAUGACAUUGACAAUGAAAGAAUACAAUAUGUUCAUACAGGUCAAGAAGGUGUUCGAGAUCUUAUCAAAUUUGAUGUGACUGAUGGACUUAAUCCAUUGAUUGAUCGUUAUUUCUAUAUUACCGUUGAAGGAAUUGAUAUGAUAUAUCCCAGUGUUGUCAACAAAGGAGUGGAACUACCAGAGGGAGGAAGAAUAGUUCUUUCCACUGAUUUAUUGGGAGGAACUGACUUGAAUACCCCAGAUGAAAACCUUCAGUUUAUAGUUACUCGGGCACCAGGUCGUGGACAUUUAGAAAUAACAGAUUCUCCUGGAGUGCCCAUUACCUCAUUUUCACAACUAGAUCUAGCUGGUAAUAAAAUCCAUUACAUACAUACCAGUACAGAUGAAAUGAAAAUGGACAGUUUUGAAUUUGAAGUAACUGAUGGAUUCAAUCCUGUUGCUAGAACUUUCAGAAUAUCUAUAAGUGAUGUGGACAAUAAGAAACCGGUUUUGAUGUUCCAAACAUUAAGACUAAAAGAAGCUGAUAAUAAAUUAAUCACCCCCUUUGAGCUUAAAGCUGAAGAUCGAGAUUCUCCAAAUGAUAAGAUUGUGUUUACCAUUACACAAACACCGAUUCAUGGAAACCUGUUGUUUAAUAACACCAGGGUUGUUUCUACUUUUACCCAAGAAGAUUUGAAUGAAAAUAUGAUUACCUAUCAGCACGAUGGCUCAGAAACAACCCAUGACAGUUUCUCUUUUACAGUGUCGGAUGGCGCUCAUUCCGACUUUUUUGUUUUCCCAGAAAUUUCAGUGACCACCCGACGUCCACAAACAAUUAACAUUGAAAUCAAAGCUAUUGACAAUGGAACUCCACAGAUUUCUGUGAACUCAGGAGCCUCAACCUUGUACAACAUGGGAGGGGGUGGACUAGGAUUUAAAAUUACCAAAAAAGCUUUAAAAACAAGCGAUCGAGACAGCCCUGAUAAUAAGCUAAAGUAUACCAUAACAUCUGCCCCAAAAUAUGGGUAUAUCAUCAAUACUGCUAUUGGCAACAGAAGCAUUAAUACUUGGUCGCAAGGUGAUAUUAAUCAAGAGAAUAUAGAAUAUGUCUUACGAACAGGAAUCAAUGCUACAAGUGAUAGUUUCUUCUUUAAAGUAUCAGAUAAAGGUAAAAAUGUUUUGACUAAUCAACCCUUCCAUUUAAACUGGGCAUGGAUAUCCUUACAGAGUAAUCAAAUUUUAGUAAAUGAGACUGAAAAUAGACUCAAAGUUAAAUUGAGAAGAAGAGGCUAUCUCGGAGAAACAUCGUUUGUCACUAUUACUGUAAUUAAUGCAACAGCUAAAGUUGGUGAAGAUGUAGAUAAAAGAUAUGCUAAACAAGUUCAAUUUAAUCCAGGUCAGACUGUGAAGACAUGGAGAAUACGUAUGGUAGAUGAUACUAUAUUUGAACAGAAAGAGACUCUACAAUUGAAAUUAUCAGAUCCAGUUCUAUCAGUUAUAGAAAAUCCUGAUCAGGCAACAAUAACUAUCUUAGAUUCAGAAGAUGAAUCAACUGUAUUUUUCCCUGAGAAAGAAUAUCGUGUAGCAGAAGAUAUUGGUGAGAUAUUAAUACCAGUUAAACGAACAGGAGAUUUAUCUGAUGAACUCAUGGUUAUAUGUUCAACUGUACAAGGUUCAGCCACAGGAACAAUACCAAGUACAGUAACAUCAUAUUCUGAUUACAUCACUAGACCGUCUGAUCAUCGUAGUAUUAUCAGGUUUGAUAAAGAUGAAGAUGAGAAAUAUUGUCGUGUUAUGAUUAUUGAUGAUUCGCUUUACGAAGAUGAGGAGAAUUUUUCCGUCAUCCUCAGUGAACCUAUGGGUGGUAAAAUUGGAGAAAUCAACUCUUCUACAGUUAUCAUUGAACCAGAUAAAAAUGAUGAACCAGCAUUUUAUUUUGGUAAAGCUGACUAUAUGAUCGAUGAAAGUGAUGGAUUUGUAGAAGUUAAAGUAUGGAGAACCGGUACAGAUCUUAGUAAACCAUCCAGUGUUACUGUCAGAUCACGCCGUACAGAACCCAGAUCAGCAGAAGCUGGAUUAGAUUAUAUUGCUGUCAACAGAAUACUUGACUUUGCACCUGGUGUAACUAUGCAGUUAGUCCGUAUAACAAUUCUAGAUGAUCUCGGUAGACCGAAGGUAGAAGGUCUAGAAACCUUCCAGGUUGUUCUGCGUAUGCCCAUGGCAGCCAUGUUGGGAGAACCAAGUACUUCAGUUAUUACUAUCAAUGAUUCUGUUUCUGAUGUACCUAGUAUGGAGUUUAAAGAAGGAAGUUAUGAAGUAUUUGAGAAUACAGGAGAGGUUAAAGCAAUGGUAAUAAGAUCCGGUGAUUCCAGUAAACAAGCUACAGUCAGAUGUUAUACCAGACAAGAUACGGCUAAAGUUUUAGAUGAUUAUAUUGAAAGACCAAACAUCAACGCAUCCAUUGUCAAAUUUUUACCAGGUGAAUUAGAGAAGCCAUGUAUUGUAAAGUUAAAUAAUGAUACAAAAUAUGAGAGAGAUGAAGAGUUUCGAUUGGUAUUAGGUAAUCCAUUGAGUAAUGGUAAACCAGCUAAACUAGGAAAACAGAAUCUAACUAAAAUAUCAGUUAAAGACAUUGGAGAUAAACCAGUAAUAAGAUUGGAGAAAAGUAAAUAUAUUGUAAAAGAACCUAUGUUUAAAGAAGAGACGUCUAUAUUAGUUGUCAAGGUGAUUAGAGAAGGUGACCAAUCAGAGACAUGUGUUGUAUCCGUAAAUACUAAAGAUGGUUCCGCUGAAUCUGGACAAGAUUAUAAUGGAAUAUAUAAAGAGGUUGUAUUUAAUAAGAAUGAGUCUGUAAAAGAAGUUGAGAUAGAGAUAUUAUAUGAUGGAGAAAAAGAAAUGAGAGAAGUUUUCACAGUUCAUCUUAGAAACAGACGUGGUAUAGCUGAUGUCAAGAAUACUAAAGCCAUCGUGUUUAUUGAAGAGCGAAACAAAGUAGCAGAUGUGACCUUUCCAUCACGACCCAUGGUUGUAUCUUUAAGAGAUUAUGAUACUGCUGAAAACGCUGCUCAACGACCAUACCAGGGUUAUCCUGUUGUCUGCUUAACGCCCUGCAACCCGAAACAUCCAGAUUUUCCAAAAACAGGAGCUAUCUGUACAUCUGAGGGCAUCAAUGACACAUUGACGUUGUUUAGAUGGCGUGUAUCAGCUCCGACAGGCGUUGACGGUGUAACAAGUGAUCUGCAAGAUGUAGAAUCUAACACCUUUUUCGCUAAUACAAGAAGCAUAUCUUUAGAUAGUAUUUAUUUCUCUGGAGGUAGUCGUGUACAGUGUGGAGGUCGAGCUGUUAAUGUUGAAGGUGAUCCAGGAUUAGAAUUGUUAAGUGAACCAGUGAUAGUCAGUCAAUCAAAUGGUUUAUGUGAACCUAGAUUAAUGGGUUCUGUUGGUGCCGAACCUUUUACAGCAAAAUUCAGAUACACAGGACCUGAUGAUCCCACACAUCCUAACAAAGUUCGUGUUGCUGUAACUAUACCACAUAGAGAUGGCAUGUUGCCAGUAGUUUCGACCAAUCAACUUUCAAACUUUGAAUUAACAUUAAGUAAAGAUGGAACUCGACUAGCUCUUCACCGAUGCUCUAAUUUACUGGACUACAAUGAAAUUCCAACUGAAUUUGGUUUUCUAACCAAUGCAACUAAAAAUCCUAAUGUUAUUGGUGAAGUGGAACCAUACCAAUAUAGUACCGAUCUACGAGGGAAACCAACUUUAAGAUUUUACAAGAAUUUAAAUCUUGAAGCUUGUGUAUGGGAAUUUGUGAGUUACUAUGAUAUGUCUGAAUUGGUUGAUAAAUGUGGUGGAUCUAUUGAUACUGAUGGACAGGUAUUGAACAUGAAACAAUCGUAUGUUUCUGUAAGAGUACCAUUAUAUGUGUCUUACGUGUUCCAUUCUCCUGUUGCAACUGGUGGAUGGCAACAUUAUGACAUGUCAUCACAACUUCAGUUAACAUUUGUAUAUGAUACAGCUAUUUUAUGGCAGAAUGGUAUCAGCUCACCAGAAGGCAAUGAGGGAUUACAAGGUUAUUUGUUUCCUACAAGUAUGAGAAUAGGUGAUGACAAUAAACUAACUGUAACAUUCCGUACAGAAGCCAGAUUUAGAGGACAAUUUGUUUUAGAUCAUCCAGGUACUAAUAUGAAAUCAAUGGUGAUGUCUGAUAGACCAGAGUUAUCCUUCACCUUGGAUUUAAUUAGAACAGAACCAACUUAUGAACAACCAGAACAACUAUGGCAGUUUGUUUCUGAUGCCUCUGUAAAAGAUUAUUCAGGAAUGUACAGUAUUAAACUGGUGCCAUGUACAACCCCAAUGGAUCAAGAAUAUUCUCUACCAGUAACAUGUAAUCCUCGUGAUGCCUUAUCCUUUGACCUACCAAUCAGAUUCCAGCAAGUUAGUGACCCGGUACCGACUAGAUUUAGUUUAAAUACAGAUUUUCACCUGAUGCGUAAACGUGAACUGUGGUUAUCAGAUGGAUCUAUGGGAUUUGGUGAUGGAACCGAUGCAGCAUUCACUACAGGUGAUAAACUUUACGGUAGAAUUAAUGUUGAUCCUGUUCAAAACCUAGGUGAAUCAUUUGGUUUAACGAUAGAAAAAGUAUUUUUGUGUUCUGGUAAAGAUGGCUACAUACCAAAAUAUAACCCAGAUAAUCAAGAAUAUGGCUGUCUGGCAAGCUCACCAAAUCUUCAACAUACAUUUAAGAUAGUUGAUAAAGGUGCCCCCUAUUCAGUUGUUGAAACUUUCCGUGAUAUACCUUUUAAUGCUAAAUUAGCCAAUGAAGAUCCGGAUGCUCUACCAUUAGUCUUGCAACCUGGUGCAGAUGGUUUUCAGAUAGACUGUUCUCCUAUGUUUAAGGUGGAUGCUGGAAGACAGUGGUUUUUACAUGCGAUUUAUACCGUACGAUCUAAGACUAACACAGCAAGAGGUAUUAGACGCAGGAGUGUAGAACAACACGCUAUGUUAUCAACACGUGUUAAGCGAGCUGAAAAUGAUGCUGCUGGAAUUGGAGAAUCUGGAAAGGGAACUAAUCUUGCUCGUAUUAAUUUAGAUCAUUUUUCAGAUGACAGGGGUUUUGAGGUGGGAAAAAAUACAACGACCACAAAAAUCCCUUUGUUGCCCAUUGUGAUUGCUAUUGCUGUUCUCUUGUUAAUAACUUUAAUUAUAAUCAUUUUAUUUGUAAGAAGACGACGGAAAUCCACAUCACCGCCACCCUCACCUACUAACACCAUCAUCGUAGCAACAGGCAAGGGUUCAAGUCGUAUUGUUAGUGCCAAUCAUUAUAAUAAUAGUAACUCCGAAGUUUAACCCCUUUUUUUCAUCUAUAAGAAAUUGUACAUUUUUUGUUUUCAAUGAAAAAGCCCAUUUGAUAUUGGCAAAGAAAAACAUUAUUUAUUAAAGCUAUUAAUGAAAAUGUUCCUAUUAAUUGUGAGAAAUUAGUGCUAAAUGUAACUAAUAUUUGCUUGAAUUUUAGGUGUAAAUCUCUUUUCUAAAGAUCUUCCAGAAUCAUAAUUAUUUAUCCUAAUAACUUUGGAAUGUGAAAACUCACUUAAUGAUAACUUGUUUCAGAUACUGUUCAUUUUUUUAAAGAAUACAUUAUCAGCUCUGAUAUUAUUUCAAAUAAUAUUCUGGAGGUGUUUUCUUGGUAAGAAAAUUUCCUAGAAUUACACAAUCGUCAGAGAACAUGUUCCUGUAAGUUUCUAAAUUGAUAAUAAAUUCCUGCUGUAAACUUGUAUUGUUUUAAAGAUGUUCAUGGAAGUUAUUUAUUUGGUGAUUAUAAAUUCUAAGAAUAACAUUACUUUGAAGACUAAUUUUCUAAAAAUAUAUUACUACAAGGAGAUCCUAAAUCCCUGAGAAUAUUUUUCAGGGAAUUGUAAUAUCUUUUAAAGAAUCGUUAAACUUUUAAAAGAAUAAUUUAAUGGAAUUAUGUUCUAUACAUAUAUUGUUCUAUGUAUAUUAUUAUCUAUACUGACACCCAACGCUAGAAUGAUAACCAGAUAAGAAAUUCUUGCCAUUUUAUAAACUGUGACAUUAUCUAUAUUUAAUUACUCACAAUACUACCUCUGUAUGUAGUGUGGUCAGUAUUUAUAUCUCAUACCAAAACAAGCAUAAUAUUAUAAAGAUCUAUAUCUAUGUAUCAUAGAAUACAAAAAUUCAGAUUUGUGUAGAACAAAAUGAUUACUUUGUAUUUGUCCUUCCACUUUUCGAAGAAAGCGAGGGAAUAUUAAAAUGGGUUCAUUUGUCGGUCUACAUUCUUAAUCCUGUUUUCCAUGUAUGCAUUUUGUGGCGUUUUCGCCGGAGAAAAUUUAGUCGAAUGCAAAUGUAAUGGGACUGUGUCCAUGUAACCAGCAAAAUUGAGUACAUGUACAUGGAAAACGGGGGUCUAACACUUUUGGGACACAAUAACUGUGCUUUUAAUUGAUGUAGAAUGUAAAAACUAGGUGAAGUCAUUCGUUACAUAAAUAUAUUGACUGAGUUCAUUGAUGAGAUUUUUCUGCUUGGGUUAAGCCGUGAUAAACAAUUUGAUUGUUAGAUGAUUUAUAAAAAGAUAAUUGUGUCAUCUUUUUAUUUUGGGAUUGAAGUGGGGGACAUCGGCCUCACUAUUGGCUUGUUAUCAUUUUGGUUAAGAACUUAAGAAUUAACAUCAAAAGAAACACAAAUUUAUUUUUAUACUACAUGUUUGAAUAUCAUCCUAAUCAUACAUGUAUUCUGAAAAUCAUACUGUAAUCAUACACAUUAGAGUGGAAUAUAUCAUUGCUCAAACAUUUCAGUACUUGAAUUAUGUAUUAGUCAUGGUUAGAAUCCUAUUAAACAUAUUUAUAAUUAAUAAUGCUCAAUUAAUUGAGGUCAAUAAUUUACUUAAAACAGAAUGUUAUGCUGUAAUUCAUUCGUAGAUCACUUUAAACCGAAGAUCAAAAUGCAUCUUAUUUUCAACCAUCACAUUAUUGAAAUAGUUUGGUCUCAAGAUCUGAAAAAAUAUUUUAUAUUAUGCAAAUCCAAAUGUUUUUAAUUAUCAACAUUUAUGUCAGAGAAAUUAUAGUUUCAAAAAUUUUAUUUAUUAGAAUGCUUUUUAAAUUACAAUAAUAAUCAUUCAAAGAAAUAAUUGCCUUUAAAAAUUUCAUAUUUUGUAGUAUGCUUUUUAAAUUGCAAUUGUAAUCAAUCAAAUGUAAAAUACUAUGUUAGGUUCAAGAAUAUCUAAUAACGGUAGCUUUAUAUUUAGAUGUAUAAUUUUUCCACUUAUUUGCAUAAUGACCGGUAACAAAAAUAAUAUUAUUUUCACUCAACCAAUUUACCACAUAAAACCAGAUACUCAUUUUGUGUGUUUUUUGUUAUUUGUUAUAUUUUUGUGAAUUGUGUGUAAAUAAUGUGACAGCGUGGCUUUAAAUUGUUUUAUAUUAAAAUAUAAUGAUAUAACUUCCCUCCUCCUUUAGUCACAAUGUAAUAUAUUAUUAUAAUGUAUAUUAUGCUAUAAUAUAUCAAGUAUGAUACUUUAUAAAAAAUCUUGUUAUAAUAGUCCUGAUAAAUUUUGCAAUCGUUGCAGAACAAAGAAAAGGGUUUUGAUGUAUUUUGAUUGUAGAAUAUUGAUAAAAUCAUCUUAACUACGUCUAUAAUGUACUAUACUAAUUAUAACAAACAUAAAACCGCUUCAAGGAUAAUGGAGAAUUAUUCACUAAGGCAAACUUACUUAUUCUGACUAUUAAUUAUACAGAGACGUAUGCUCCAUGUAUAUAACAGGAUUUGUGUUUAAGGUUCAUCAAUCAAAAUAAUGUAUCAACACACUCCCUGCUAACCCUUGCAUUCAUAUUAACAUACAAUAAAAACCCCAAUAAUGUUUAUUGUAGAUAUAUUACAUGUAUGUAUUAUUAUAAAUAAUUAUAAUUGUUUCUUUCAUUCAUUCCAUUCAUGCUUCUAGCUGUGAUUUUAUCAACUGUAUAUUAAUUGACCGUAGAAAGAAUUAAUUAUUAACUGCAUGACAUAUUUUUUGAAAACUUGUGGAGUGUUUUUCAUUUGAAGGAGUUAUAUGUUGUGUUUUAAAAGGGUAAAUUAAAUGUGUUUAAUGGUUUUUGUCCCAACGGUUCAUUCAGUUUUUAAUCUGAAUUUAAAUUUAAACAGCCUAUGAAAUAGAAUUUAUGUUCAAAUCAAAUUUUAAACUCAAAUUUAUUUUUAAUUUCAGUUUUUACUUUUUUAAAAAUUCUAAUGUGCUUAUGCAAAGAGAUUCUAGUGCCUUGAUGAGAUGGAAUUUUCUCACCAAUGCUUUGUAAUUGAAAGAUGUAAAUAAUUUAGAAAUGUUAGCAAUUUAGAAUGUUAACAAUUUUAUAUAGGGUAAAAUACUCUUUGUAGAUGAAAUACUAUGCAUUUUAGUGUAUAAUGUUUAUAACCAGGGCUGAGAACAGUUAACUUAUUAACUGGUUAACGUAUAAUAUAAGUUAAUAGAAAUGAAUUAACGCGUUAACACUCUGUGACGUCAUAUAUGCAUAUUCAGCUGGAAAAUCGCUAUACAUACCCUUGAAAGGACCGAAUUCAUGCAAAAUGUCAUCCAGAGAUCACAGUGUGACUGUUGCUUUAGUUACAUUUGCUGGAUCGCAAGUGUCCAGUCAAAAUAUCUUGGUCUCCAGUCUCCCACACGGGAUCAAGGGUCAAGGCCGAAAGCACCAAAUACAAUGUUUUUAAAAAGUUUCCCGCCUAAUUCCACCUAAAUCCUGGAAUAAGAUUUUUUUACUGUCUGAAAAAGGUUUGGUACAAAAAUGACCAUGUUUUAGGAGCUUCGAUAAUUAACUCAUAUUAACUCGUUAACUUUAAAAUUUUAAUGCGUUAACCAGUUAAAGGAAAUUUUAACGUGUUAACCAGUUAAAGGAAAUUUUAACUUGCUCUCAGCCCUGUUUAUAACAGUGACAGUUUUGGGCACUUAUUACUACAAUAAAAAUAUGGAGCCCUAAAAAUAUAUAUUCAUGUAACAAUAUUAUUCAGGAUAACUGAAUGGUAUUGGGGACAGACUUAGCCUAUGUAAUAAAAACCUCCCAAUAAAAUCAAUGAUAAUAGAAGAUUAUCAAAGAUUAACUUGAUUAUAUUAAAAUGUUAAUUGACAUGACUAUAAUUAUAAUUCAAGAUAUAGUCCAAUUAUUUAAAUAAUAAUAAUAGUAGUACUAUUUAUGCAUGUUUCUUCAGAUUAGUUAUUUACUAAAAGCCAUUCAUUUUAAGUUCAUGUGACAUCCAUGAAUUAUACUAACAUAAUAAUGAAGUUUAGAUCAACUGUUUUAUACAAAUUUUAUAAUAAAUAAAUUGUGUGUGAUUUUAUAUGCUGUAUCAUUUUCAUACAGAAUAAAAUAAAAUUCUAUAAGAA